AUGCAUUGUUUUGACGCGAUAGUCGCAUCAAAAAUUACCGAGAUCGAGAGUGAUGCGACUUUCGCGGCACUCCCGAUUACGAAAUGCGUCAGUGAUGAGAAUGGGUUAACGCAUUGCAUGUAGGAAAAAAUAUUUUCAUUUGUUUUUUUUUUCGUUUUUCCUAUUUUUCUCAUUUUAAUGUGAAAGGGCUGUUACUUUAAUAUUUCAGAUAUGUGAUAGGAAGAAAGGCAUGAACAAGUAAUUGUGGACAUACCGAUGUAUCCUGCCCGAUCAAAGCAUGAAGGAUUUUUAUGAUUUUUGGGAAGAAAAUUUUUGUGAGUAAUCUUCAAAAUCUUAUGUUCUGGAAAUCACAAUAUAUCAUUAUUUCAGACUCUACAAAUUUUGAAUUGCAACAAUGUGACGAAAUUUAUGUCAUUUGAUGUUUGGUGUUCAAUGAAAAAUUGUAAGUUUCAUUUCUAGAUUGGGGAAAGCACACACGCAUUUGUAAACAGACGAGAAACGAAAUUGUCAUCAUUUUUGAGACUUUAUCUUACAUUCAGGCGCCCAAUUCAGAAAACUAUAGCCUCACUUUAUGAAAUCGCUUUGGAUAUUUUUUUUUUGGUUUUAUAACUUAGGUUAUUGACUCAUUUUGAAUUAAUUUCAACAAAUUCUGAUCGAUUUCAUUGAUUGUCAUUUACUUACAAUCGAAGUUAAUGACUUUUAACUCAAAAACAAAUUUUUUUGUCAACUGUUUUUUGACCAAAGCUUGAGGGACAUUAUGAAAUUUUUACAGUACAUUGAUAUACGGAUAAAAAUGUCUCAAAUUUUUAGUCUCCCAAUGGGCCUGUGAAAAAAAUAUUUUUCAUAAAGCUUGACACAAUAAACUCCAUCAAUUUUUCAGAUUUCGAGAUCGAUCAAACAAAGUUGCGACUACGGAACGAUUGCCGAGCUUCUUUGAAUGAAUGGAUAGAAAUAUCGAAAGCUAUGGUGGAAUUUAAUUUGUGACUCUUAUUUUGAUUUAAUUUUGAGUUGUUUUAAAGUUUUCAUAAAAUUUUCAUGCUGAGAAUUCUUUUUGAACGCCUAAUUUUGAGCUGGGCGCCACAAGCGCCUCAACUGCCGCAACUAUUGAAAAAAAGCCGCGACAGCGUGACGCGGGUCCGAAAAAAAGGCCGCAUCAAAAUGAUGCAGGUUCGAAAAAAAAGCCGCGCCAUAAAAGUGAUGCGAGCUCGCAUAAAAGUGAUGCGAAUUCGCAUCAAAGUGAUGCGAAACCCGCGGCUUUUUUCCCGAGAUGUUAUUAAAAAAGUUGCUCCUAUUAUUAAUCGCCACAUUUCUCGCUUUCUGCUAUUUUUUGCCACAAUUCAAUGGUGUGACUAAAAUUGUGGUGGAAGGAGACACCGACGAAUUACCUAUCAAAUUCUACCACAAAUUCUACAUAGAUCAACGCUAUUCGCCAUAGAGAAUUCGACUUUUUGCAAUGAAACCUUGACGAAUUGUCAAAUUUCGAAAAAACCAUCGAUUUUUCCAGAAAUGCAACGUGAAUUGAAGAAAAAUUGAUGAAAAAGAUGGUUAUCUCGUUUCACGUGCCACAUCAUGACCUCCACGUCAUCAAAAACGUGUAUAAAACCGGCUGUGAAACGUCAUCAAUCCUCAGUUUACCAACGAAGAGCCGCCCCAAAACGGUCUUUCGUUUGCUUCUCAUCUGCUUGCUGCAAAUUUCUGCCGAUUUUUUUGUCAAUAUCGUAUCAACACUUCGUUCGCGGUCCAAGUGAGUAUUUUCUCGCUCCAAAAAAAAUGCAAUAUUUUUUUUCAUAGAUGAAGUUCCGUGUCAUCGAACAACUUCCCGUUGUGUUUUUCCUUUUGGCAAUAUCAUCGUCGAUUUGCCAUGCUGAUAUUGUGAUGCCCUCCUCGUCUACAGAUCCAACCAGCGACGCGAAAUUUUGUCCUACUGGUUUACAGGGCUCACAGAGUUGUAGUACCGAACCGUGCACCGAUCAACACCCCCUGUGUUACAGUGGAGGUGAUUCUAACAAGUUAUGUUGCGGUGAGGACAUCUAGCAUUAUUGAUCCAAUGUAGUUACAAAUUUGACUUUCUAGACAGAGUAUCAUUUUGCGAGAACACUGGGAUGUUGAGUUAUCGAAAUCCUACACAAAUCGGCAAUCAUGAAGCUUUUGAAUACCAAGCGGAAACUGAUCCGUUUUACUAUGAAUGGAAAUCACAACAUGUUUACAGAUCCGUUGCUUGCCGUAAGUUUGACGCGAAUUAUGGCUCAAUUUGAAUAGCACUAUUUUUACAGCCUACCCCAUAUCGUUAUUUUUCCGCAAACAUUGGAUUAAUAAAGACGACACCGCACAUUUAUUGGCGAUUGGUUUCCAAACGCAAGGUCAAAAAGAAGCAUUGAAACACUGUGCGGCAAAUAAGGACUGUGAAGGGGCGGGCAAUUAUUGUGACUACCCUUAUAUGAGAAUCGCCAAAGAUGAAAAGACACCUGGUUAUAUUCCAGAACACAAACCAUUCUGUUUCAAACGUAAUUUCGAUUGUUUUUUUUUUCUUAACGAAUUUAUAUCUUCUGUUUCAGAUGGCAUUGCGCUACCCCCCGAUGUUGAGUAUUUCGAAGACCCAGACAGUGUAUCUUUGGUUGGGUGUGAGAAUAACGAUGAUUGUGUGACAAAGACUGGAUUAGGAGAUACUUUUUGUCAUCUGGCAUUCACGGAUGGUGGUAAGAAAUUUGAAACCGCCAAUUUGACGAGCAACGGAGUGAAUCCGCAUUCUGGCGUUUGCUUGAAAGGUAAUUUUUAGUGAACAAUAUAUUGUCGAAGUUAAGAAAUGUGGCAGCCGCAAAAAAUAAAAAUCAGUGCAGAGCUGAAUGAAUGACAAAGUCAUUACUUUGUCAGUCGCGUGCGUCGCGGUCGGGAAACAAAGGAAAGAUUGAAUUAUUGAUUGUUUCCCGACCGCGACGCAGAGCCGCACGCGACUGACGAAAUAAUGAGUUUGUCAUUCAUUCAAUUCUGCACUGGUUUUUAUUUUUUACGGCUGCCACAUUUUUUACACAGGGAAAUGCAAACUGACCGAAUACUUGCCAAAAAUUGAAAAACGGUCCGAAACUUGUACGUUUUGGACAAGUGUUGAAAACGGCCGGAAACCACUCAAAAACCGGCCAGUUUCUGACCGGUUUUCCAAAAUUGACCGGUAACCGGCCGUGUUUUUUCACCGGUUUCCGGCCGUUUUUGUUAAAUUUGAGCAGAAACCGGCCGGUUUUCGAGUGGUUUCCGCCCGUUUUCAACACUGGUCCAAAACGUACAAGUUUCGGACCGUUUUUCAAUUUUUUGGCAAGUAUUCGGUCAGUUUGCAUUUGCCUGUGUUAACUUCGACAAUAUAUAAUAGUUUCACAUCGACUAAAUGACAUUUUCAGGUUUUUUAAGAAAGUGAGUUGAAAUAUUGGGUUCUAAUGUUUUUCUUAUGAUAUAAUGGUCUAAGACGAACAGAAUGAUAUAAAUUUUGAUGAUUUUAGGUUAUCCAUAAGUGAUUUAGGGGCGUUUAGUCGAUAAUUAAUCGCCAAAUCACUUAUUGAUAACGUAAACUCAUCAAAAUUUAUAUGAUUCUGUUCGUCUUAGACCAUUCUAUCAUAUGAAUAACAUUAGAACCCAAUUUUUCAACUCAUUUGCUUAAAAAACCUAAAAAUUUCAUUUAGUCGAUGUACAACUAUUAGGUUUUGAAUCUUCAAACAAUAUUUUUUUCAGCCAAAGUUUGCAAGGCGCCCUUUGAUAGAUGGCCAUAUGGUGGUGCAGCACUUCAAUUAAAUGUACGGACUACAGGAUGUGUGACAACAGAAGAUUGUUAUAAUGGUGGAAAAACGAGAAAAAAUGCGUCAGACGGAGCUGCUGGAGAAUAUUACGAGUGGGUUGAUUUUUGUAUAAUGAAUAGAACUUGAAGAUUAAACAUUUGUUUUCUUCCAGUGGUCAAUGUACGGAAGUCAAGAGAACACUUGCAAAUAAUGGUGAAUUCAAAAACAGUGUUUGCUGCUAUAAAACAGUUGACCCAUGUGAAUACGGUGAACCAGUCACACCAUCGGUCAAAUGCACCGCCAGCAACCAAAAAGAAGCGUUUGAGAAGUGCAAUGGUGGAGCUGCUGAUUUGCCAAAGAAGACCAAAACAUCAAAAGCGACUUUUUGGUGUGACGAGGGAACCAAGAAUUGCUGCAAGGAUAAAAGCGGAACAAACACAGAUUGGGCGUGUCCGGAUCAGCAAACACCGCUUUUUUACGAAGAAAAGUGUACUGGUGUGAAGGCUGGCGAUGAGAAUAGUGGAACUUGUCCGCAAAAACAUGCGAUUUGUCGCAAAGGUCAUUGUUGUCCUGAUGGUAUGUUUUUUAUUGAUUUUCUCUGAAAUUUGGCUAUACCCAUUGAUUGUUUACAGCAACGCCAACAAGACUUCCCAAAUACUCGUAUCGCACAAAUUAUCCAUGCACCCCCGGAUCUCGUCCAGAAAUGAUUGCCAAUGGUUAUUGUGAUCCAAAAACCAAGAAAGUCGUCAUUUUCGGCGAAAGAUCGCUUGUUGGUGAAGAUUUGGUGACAAAAUUCUCACCGGAAAAAGUUUGCACCAUCGAUUCGGAAUGUCCACCAAAAACAUUGUGUAUUUAUGAUUUGGGCACAACUGCUCGUUGCUAUCACGAUCCAUCACUUCCACUUCAACCACCAGCCAAUGAAUUGUGGUUGUAUGUAUUGAUUGCAUCGAUUGUUUUGGCGUUUGUCUUCUUGUGCACAUCGAUUGUUUGUAUGGUUUGCUAUCGAUCGAAAUCAGUUUUUGACAAAUAUAAACCGUCGAAAAAAGGGAAGAAGGGUGGAAAGAAGGGCGGAAAAAAGAGUGGAAAAAGUGAGAAGACUGAAGGAGCGACGACUGAAGGUGGUGCAACAACUGAAGGAGCAACUGAAUCGAAAAUGUCGACUAUGGGAUAG